AGUGCAACAUCGGCAGUUGAGCAAGUUGGCCCACCCUCCCAACCUUGCUGAGGCUUACGUCCUGCUAACAGACGAGCACACGCAUACACAGCACGCACUUUUCUCUUUUCUGCUUUUUCUUUUCUUCUUCCGUGGUGUUCGCUUCGCUGCAACACUCAACAAACUGUAGUCUGCUAAAUAGGGUGACGUAAGAUCAACGCGAAGCCGCCAUUGUUUUUGUUUAACGUUCCAUAAACUCGAAUCACAUCUGCUUCUCGUAUUGUCCCCUGUCUUCUCCUUCGUUGUAUCACCCCACGCCCAAACAGACCGCCGCCAAACGGGUGAUUGCCGCGCAAAAGAAAAACAACAGCGACGGUGCACACUUGCAGGUUGGACUGUCUGGUGUGUAGUACACGUGUGCGCGAGAACAUGCUUCAAAGUGUGACGCGUGUGGCGCUGAGUGCGGCGGUGGGCAGCACAGCAGCUGUUGCUGCGGCUGCCGUCUCCUCAUCUUCUUCCUCUUCUCUUUCAAACAAAAAGGAAAACAGCAGCAGCAACGGCACCGUCAGCCCCGGUCAGACGAGCACGUGGGCAUACGGUGCCGCCCGACCGCAGCCCACCACGAAGGAGCCGUGGGACAGCCUCCAAGGAUUGCUGAUCGGCGUGCGACCGACGCGGCCCGCCGACGUCUUCGACGACCGCCCCGUAGCCCUGGGUCGACUCGUCGCCAAGGUCUCCGAGACGUCGUACAAGGUGAAGUUCUUCAAGGCAGGGCCGAAGAGCAACGCCGGCGUGCUGCGGAAGGGCGACGACGCGCCUCCGCUGACGCUCGACGUGGGCACCCGCGUGACAAUCGGCUUCGAGGACAACCCGAUCAGCCCCGAGGCCGUCGUGCACUCUGGCAUGUACAUGAAGGGCACCAUUGCGAAGGUGAACGGCAACGCCACCUACACCUUAUUGAUGGACAACGACGAGGUGGAGCUGUCCGUGGCGCCGAAGCGCAUCGUGGCCCGCGAGCCGGCGACGAAGGUCUUUCACAAUGCGAAGUUUCUGGAGAUGGUGGGGUGGCUGCGCUCCUGCGUCCACGACCCGCGCGACGUGGAGGCGACUGCGUUUAUUCUCUUUAGCCGUGGGUGGCGGGUGGAGCGACUGUUCUUGCUGGAGAAAGUGGACCUUGCCCAGCUGCGUUUUAUCUCGCCGAUUGAGCGCGACGGGAUCAGCGAGAAGGCGCAAUGGGAGCGGGACCACCACAACGUCAUUCGCAUGCUGCACCGCGAGCGCGUGAAAGAUCGUGACUGGCGUUACGCGCUUGGCAAGUACAAGGGUACCAUCAGCUGCAUCUCCGGCGUCUUCGUGGUCAGCUACGUCUUCACGUCGAACCUGCGCUCCUAUAGGCGCCAGCAGCGCGGCCAUCAACUCAAGACGGCCAUCAAGACCCUCUCGACGUCGGUCGCCGGUGAGGCGAGCGGCACGUCGGUCAGCGCGGCAGCCGACAAGGCCUUCGUGGUGGAGCGGCGGGAGGAGGAGGCACUGGUGGCGAGUGUGCUGCGCCAGAUGGUGCCGUCGCACCCCCGCAUCGUUGUCUUCACCGGUAGCUCCGGCAGUGGAAAGAGCGUGUUGUGCCGCAAUGCCGUUCGCCGACUCAACGCGCCGGCCGUGCACGUCGACAUCCGCGGUGCCGAGGACACGCUGCGGAGUGUCGUGAAGGCGCUCGGCGUGAACAACAUCGAGGUGUGCGGCGAUUUGCUCGACUUUGUCGGGGAGGCGAUGCGCGGUGCCACGCCGAAGGGCAGCGAUCGCAUUCCUUUUCUGGUGAUGAAGCUACGCGAGGGCAGCAGCCUUGAGAAGGUCUACCGCGAGUCGGUGAGUUUGGUGAGCGAUUACCAAGCCUGCCAUAUCAUCCUCGAGGUGCCACUUCGGUCGCUGACCGUGGCGAACGUCGCCUUGCCGCGGCUGGACUUCUUCUACGUCCCGCCCUUCUCGCACGAGCAGGCAUUCGCGUACACGCAGCACAUGCUGAACGCGCUGGACAUGGUGUACUUCAUCGAGACGGUCGGGACGAACAGCAACGACCUCGACGAGCUCUACGCGGCGCUGCGACAGCGCGGGGUCGACCCGGUCGCCUACACCAGUCUGAAGCUGAUGAAGGCGAUGCGACGACUGCGCGCCGCGCUGGAGCCGCUGAGUGUGCCGAUCCGCGACGCGGUCAAGCAGCUCGCCUCCAUGCCGUUUGCCGACGGCGCCCACGAUGAGACGAUCGGUGACUUGACGGUGCUGGUAGAUCCGUCGCUGCGCGAGUUCGUGGUGUACGACCCUGUGCAGGACACCUGGCGCUUCACGCAGCAGGUCUUUCACACCGCCGCGCGCUGCAUUAUCAUUUGA